CGGGCGGGGCGGCGUGGCAGAGCUGAUGCGGCUGGCUGCGCGCGGGAGCUGGUUGCAAGCAGGGCGCAGCCGCGAGGGAGGCGCGGGGGAGGCCAGCCCGAGCUCGGGCGCCAGCAGCAGCCUGUGUCGGCAGAGAGCAGCCGCGCGCAGCUGGAGCUGCAGUCGCGAUGGCCGUGGCCGUGGGGAGACCGUCUAAUGAAGACCUUCGAAACUUGUCCCUUUCUGGCCAUGUUGGAUUUGACAGUUUGCCUGACCAGCUGGUCAACAAGUCCACUUCUCAAGGAUUCUGUUUCAACAUCCUGUGUGUGGGUGAGACAGGUAUUGGCAAAUCCACGUUGAUGGACACUCUGUUCAACACCAAAUUCGAAAGUGACCCAGCUACUCACAAUGAACCAGGUGUCCGGUUAAAAGCCAGAAGUUACGAGCUUCAGGAAAGCAAUGUACGGCUGAAACUAACCAUUGUCGACACUGUGGGAUUUGGAGACCAGAUAAAUAAAGAUGACAGCUGUAAGCCAAUAGUGGAAUAUAUCGAUGCCCAAUUUGAGGCCUACUUGCAAGAGGAGUUGAAGAUUAAACGUUCUCUCUUCAACUACCAUGACACGAGGAUUCAUGCCUGCCUCUACUUCAUUGCCCCUACCGGACAUUCACUGAAGUCUCUGGACCUGGUCACCAUGAAGAAGCUGGACAGCAAGGUGAACAUCAUUCCCAUAAUUGCAAAAGCUGACACCAUUGCCAAGAACGAACUGCACAAAUUCAAGAGUAAGAUCAUGAGUGAACUAGUCAGCAAUGGAGUCCAGAUAUAUCAGUUCCCCACAGAUGAAGAAACUGUGGCCGAGAUUAAUGCAACAAUGAGUGUCCAUCUCCCGUUUGCAGUGGUUGGCAGCACUGAAGAAGUGAAGAUUGGUAACAAGAUGGCCAAGGCCAGGCAGUACCCCUGGGGCGUGGUGCAAGUUGAAAAUGAAAACCACUGUGAUUUUGUGAAGCUGAGGGAGAUGCUGAUCCGUGUGAACAUGGAGGACUUGCGAGAGCAGACACAUACUCGCCAUUAUGAGUUGUAUCGGCGCUGUAAACUCGAAGAGAUGGGGUUCAAAGACACUGACCCUGACAGCAAACCCUUCAGUCUCCAGGAGACAUACGAAGCAAAAAGAAAUGAAUUCCUGGGAGAGCUGCAGAAGAAAGAAGAGGAAAUGAGGCAGAUGUUUGUUAUGAGAGUGAAGGAGAAAGAGGCUGAACUUAAAGAGGCAGAGAAAGAGCUUCAUGAGAAGUUCGACCUCCUGAAGCGGACACACCAGGAGGAGAAGAAGAAAGUGGAAGACAAGAAGAAGGAGCUUGAGGAAGAGGUGAACAACUUCCAGAAGAAGAAGACAGCAGCUCAGCUACUACAGUCCCAGGCCCAGCAGUCUGGGGCCCAGCAAACCAAGAAAGACAAGGAUAAGAAAAAUGCAAGCUUCACAUAAAGCCUGGCAAGCCAAGGAUGUUCCCGCAUUCACCUGCUUUUGCAGUAAUAGUGUAUCUCUGCCAUCUGUGUCCUUUUGUUUGAUUUCAUUGUUUUACCCUUCCCCAAAUACCAGUAACUCCUAACUCAUUUUGCUGAAUGUUGUCGGGUGGUGGAAAACGAUAGAACAAGGGGAUAACAGCAAAUGCUCAUGCAGCUGGACUUUGUCGCUGGAAAGUCAAUGAUUUGCCUUGUAUGUCUGCUCCGAAUUGCAGCAGGAAGCAUGCGUGUUACUUGUAUGUCGCUUUGGACCGUGGAAAGGGUUAAAAUGCUACCUGUACAUCUGAUGUGAAAACUUCUCACUGCCUCAGCAGCUGAACUAAAACCCUGAGUAGCCAUGACAAUUAACAUUUUCUUUGUUAUUCAUCUUGUGACUGCACAGUCUGAAUUCACUGUCUCUUUUCCACACCUGCCACAGACCAAGAUAGAUUUGAAAGUAGGCAGGAUGGUGGGCUAGCACUGUAGAUGGCUCUUCACUUACAUGACUUUUUUAUUUUGCUCACUCGGUUAUUUGGCCUGAGCCUAUGGUCUGUUCAGACCGUCUUAGGGGUGGAGACCGCAACUGAAUGCCUACCUCAAAGCCUGGCCAAGCUGGUGUGGACUGAUGUGAGAAAUCAUUAUGUUCACUGCCACUAGUGUGUCCUUGACCCUCUCACAGGUCCAGAUCUCAGAGAUCAUGUCAUAAAUAUUGCUUAACAGAAGAAUCAUCCACUAAGAUUGUUGGAUUCCCACAUACAGUGAUGCCCAACCCCCCAUACACACCUUCAUUUGCUCUUGCGUGUGCUGAGAGAGACCUUAAGGGUGAUCCCAGGACAUGGGUACUUCUAAUACAGGCUUUCGUGAAUCAGGAAGAGAAGAUUGCUACAAAUGCUUCAAAUAGAAAAUGUGCUAUCAUCAUAUUGAGAGAAUAUCCUCAAUUUAAGGUAGAAUGGGAGAGAACACGGUGUAAUCCAUGACCCACGGUAGAAAUGGAGAAUGUACACAGUCGACUUUACUUCCAGAUCUCUUGGUGAUAUUUCAAAUCCAGUUGCCUGAAGGAAUUUUCCUCACUUGUCCCUGCCCUGUGACUUAGCUCAGGCCCGUAAGUCACUUCACCUAGGUCAAGACUAACGGUAUCCCCAGACAUGCCCACCUCCUGUUCUGUGUGAAAGACCUGUCCUCUCUGUCCUUUUUCUUUUUGAUACUCAACCUUGCAUCUGCUGGUAACCCCCUCUAGCAAGACACACCCCUAGCCUUUCCUUCUCUGUCCCGACAUCUCACAAGCUCAGUUCUUAACCGCUACAUCGCCUCUGACCACCACCAGUUACAUGUAAACAGGAUAGAAAAUGCUGCAUCGCCCCCAUGACACACAGUUUUAAAAAACUGGUAAGCCCAGAAAAGUUAAUUUUUUUUCUUUUUCUUUACCUCCCAUUCACAGAGAAGGGAGCAGUGGUCUUUCAUUAGGCAAUAUGUUUCGUUAGGCAAAGUAAGGAAGUUGGCUCUGCCAGGCAUAUACCAUGCUGGGACAGAAGCUGCAGAGGAGCAGCCGCCACCCUUCAGGAGGGAGGAGUGCUCACCACACUUGGCUUUGCUGUUUUUUUCUAGCUGGCUGUGAGCAGCAGGUGUUCGAUGGCAUGCUGACUAACCACGGCCCCGUUUGCCCCUUUGCCGGGCACCACACACAAGCUUGAGAAUUUGCGUUGUAUGCUUGCUCGGCCACUGCUAGUGUGAGCAUUUUGUGCCUUGUGAUAGUAAAAACCCUUUUAUAUCCUAUUUCUUGCAUCCCUAGAAACUUUUUAAAGUAAACUCAGCAAUAAAAAUCAUCCAGCUGACUUUUUGAUGCCAAGAUUAUUGACUGGUUUUUUGCAUUAGGUUUUCUUCAUAACAAAAUAAAUCAUAUGGAGAGUCAGGGAAUAAAAAGCCGAGAGAACCAUAUAAAAGCUUUUAAAAAAUGUGUAGCUUCUGAAACUUUUUUCUUCCAUGGCUCCUAAGCCUUGUUUAGUUUGUUAUUGCUGCUCUUUUCUUUCUGUAUCUAUGCCUUUCUUCACAGUAGUCCUUGGCUCUGCACGGAAUAAAUGGUACCCUCAAAUCUAAUUGGAUGUGCUUUCGCCUUUGCAUGUAAGUACAGUAGUAAGAAAUCUUUGAGAUCUUUCUGUUUCAGGUUAGAGAAAAUACAUAGGAGAGACACAUUUUUCUUUUGGAAGGGGUUAUAGAAAAGCCAGUCUGAGUAGCCUCUUCUUUUUUUAAGCUAAAUCAUCUAAAGUGGCCACAUUUAUAUUUUCCCCACAAUUUCUGCUUCCUCUUGAUCUCAGCAGAAGUAAGGAGUUACUAACGGCAGCACAGGCUCCUCCCAGCACCAUGGAAGUAAUGCAAAGGGCCAGACUUUUAAAGUGUAAUAAAGCCAGGCUAAGAAACUCCCACCUUCCACUGGACAAAAUCAAGAAAAAAGUCAACUAUGCCAGGCUGCCUUUCUGAUCCUUUACAUUUCGGGUCUUAGUUUACUGGCCUUUCUUUGGUAGUCACUACACGGUGGUCACUGUUUUCUACACAGUGGUUACUUCUUCCUUGUUUUGUUUUUGCCAAGUAGCUCUGGCUGGCCUCCCUUUGCAUCUUCUGCUAAAACACACUGAGCAUCCUUUUGCUUCUUCUAAACUGUAGGUGCCCCUAACAGUUUCAUGUGCUGCAGGAUGUGAUGGAAAGGCCUGCAUGAGAAUUUAAUGACUGUUUUUCCAGCUUAGGCUCUGUGUUUAUUGGUCCAAAAGGAAUCCCUCAGCCAGGGAACUUGUUCCAUGUAAUGUUGGAUGUGGAUUUCUCAUUAUCCUCUCUCCCUACUUUGCAACUCACCAGCAGUAACACUUGCUUCCUCUCUGUCCUGUGCACCUCAGUGAACAGACUUGGCUUCCUUGCUUUCUUGACAUACCCAGUGUCCCACAGGGUCUGUGUUGAGCUGUCCCCAACCAGUGGCUCAUUGUCUCUGUGUGGUCCUACCAGAAACGUCCAUUUGAAUCCCUUGGCUAGGCCAUUCACAAGUGUCUGGAAUUGUCAAAUCUCUUUCCAAAAGUCCUAGUUCCAUUGACAGGACACUCACUGAUGACUUGUCAGCAGGAAUUAUGACCUGUAAAGUCUAGUUUGUAUGUAGGUAUGAAGGGAAUUUUUUAAAUAAAUUGAAAUUUAAGCUGUGAACAGCAUUAGAACUUUGUCUAUUUCUUGAUUUUAAAAUAUGCUGAUAUGCCUUAAACUGUAGUUGUAGAUCUGUCAUUUUGCUGUUUGAAAAUAACUGAUGUUUUCUAAAAUUGUUGUGUAAUCUUUGAGUGUUAAUGCAAAAUUGUCAUGUAUGUAAGCUGCAUGUUAGACAUUUGUCUUUUUUUAAGAACUAAAGUAAUUGUAUUUCUGUGAAGUAUGAAUUUCUUCAAGUAUGAAAGUGCUGACUCAGCAGGCUGCUGAGCAAUUUGGUGUCUGUUAACAUAGCGUGGUGACAGGUAACCUAUGCAUAUAUCACUAGUGCCAAGACUUAAAGUGGGGGAAAUAUAUUUUUACCCAAACAUU